AUGGAAAGAGAAAAACCGGACGAAGAUGAGGAAAUUACAGUAGGAAAAAAUAUCAUCCACAACAAUUUCGACAACGCCGAUUUUCUGCGAAACUUUCACUUCCUGCUUCAACAUAGUUGCCCCUUCUACCAGCUCCAUGGACUCCAUUGGUCGUGUGGAGUGAAGAGCGCCCUGGGGGUAGGAAGAAGUUCAUAUGAGGGAAGCACAUUUGAGGGAGGAACCAUCGAAAGAAGUGCAGAUGAAAGAAGCACUGGGCCAAGUGGAACCGGCCGAACGCAGAUAGGCCGGAGAAAAAGCCAAGCGACGAAGAAGCUCAUUAUCCAUUUGGUGCCCUCCAGCAAAUCCGAUCUUUACAAUUUCUUGAAGAAGAAAAAGGAGCAAGUACUGAACAUCUAUGGAAAAGACGAAACUUACAAAUAUGAAAGUCACAUAAGUUUGACUGGGUACUUCUCAUGUGAAAAUGUCGUCAUUUUUACGAAGAGUCUGUACGUUUAUUUGUUUUAUUAUGUGAAGCUUUACCACUUAUCUAGGAAACAGUCCAUGCAGGAUUUGUUCUUUAGCAUUCCGUGUCGGGUCGGAGCGUCAACCUGCGAUGGUCGGCGCAGUAGCAAGCAGUGCGGGAGCCGGGAGGAGCAACAGGAGCGGGACAGGGAGAAGCAGCUGGAUUCGCAACCUAAUUCGAAGUCUGUUCCGCCGCCCGUUUCGAAGCUGCAACCUGUGAAAUGCAACAUCAAGGAGAAGCACAUCCUGACGACGGACGACGGAUACGUGAUUAUCCCCAUAAAGUGUGAGUGGUUAAAAAGGAUGUUCGAGAACUUCCGAUUUUUAAUUAAAAAUGAUAGCUUCACCUUGUGCAGGAAGCACAGCCAAGGUGGAAAGGAGAAAUCCUCCAAAAAAAACUUGCGAAAACGUUUGGCGGUAAAGAAAAAGAAUAGCCACUUCCUUUGUGCAGAGGAUAGGAAGCACAGGACCGAAGAGGAACCGUCCGAGGAGGCACCAUUGACGAUACAUUGUCAGGGGGACAACGCUACAGGGGGGAGAAGUCCUCUUGUGGGGGAGGAAUGUCAAAAUAUGAACAACACUCCUCUAGCCCAACAUAACGGCGAUGAAUCAGUCCUGCAUUCGUGUGUAAGAGGGACCACAGGACGGUCCAGUGUGAGCAGUGUUAGUACCUGCGCCAGCAGCGGCGACUUGGGGCUGUAUAGCGAGGUCGCGCAAGUGGGUGAUAACUCUCCUGCGAUGAACCCCCUGGUUUGUGAAAGGGCGGACGCAGCAUCCAAUAGUAGAAUCAGCGGAAGAAUUCGAAGCCAUCGAAACAGUCGAAGUAGUCGGAACAGUGGUGGCAAUAAGAUCAAGUACCGGUACAACAACGCCAAGGUACGCUUACUCGAAUUUCGCAUAAAGAACUGCAACCAUAUUUCCCUCGCCUCCAACCGAAACGACCAAUGUGUGCAAAACGAGAUUGCCCACAUGUACAGAGACAUGAAAUACUACUUCUCCAACUGCACGUGGGACAUGGUGAUGUUCGAGUGCGUAGACGGGGGAGGCGGCACGGAGAUCGGAAAUGGGAACGCAACUGAAUGUUCUCAAGGUGGCAACCCCCUCUUGAAUGAAAUUUUCCGGUUCACCAAUUUUGCCAUCUCGUGA